GGAAGGGUUAAUACUUAGUGCGGGUGUCGCCGAAGGCUUCUGCUUGCGCAUGCGCACUAGUUCGGGAUGGUUCUGCGAGGGUCACUGACUCACCGGCAGCACUGACGAGGACCCGGCGCGGGCUGUGUGAGGAGCAGUAUUGAUGCAGUGCAGUGGUGGAUCUGUCAAGUUUAAAGAACUGUUCUCCAGAAUAGGUUUUGGAGUACUAGGACUCUACUUUCUGUUUUAAAUAAUCCCUGGAAAUACCAGAGGUUCCUGCAGUUCACAUAAUAUAGGGGGUCAUAAGAUUAAUUUUAAUGACAUAAAAUUAGUGUAUCUAAAAAUACUGUCUAGUACAUUGUAUAGUACACUGCUUGUGCAAACUUACCUAAAUUAUAAUAUUGAUUAUGUGUUUUCAUACUGGUGCAGACUAUCUUGAGGAUGUAAAAGCAUCUGUGUACUAAAAUAACUGCAAUAAUCUGUAAAUUUUUCUGUGUGGAAUUUUUGAGGUGUCUGAGAGUGAAGUGUAUCUCCAAAAUAGGCCAGUUGCUUGUUUUGCACUCUGGUUUUAAAAUGUCUGAAGCAAUUUAACCCAAAGUUGCCUUAAAAAUCGGCAGUUUUUCAUCCAAAGCAGGUUAUAGUGAAAAUUUUAACAAUUUGAACUGAGCAUUCGACAUUGUCUAAAAACAUGGUCUACAUAACACCACUAUGGCCUUGAUCCUGCAAAGCCAUAUAUUAGUGCUUAAGUUUACACCUGGUGAGUACUGCCAUCAAAGUCGCUGACUGCCCACCGUAUGUAAAGUUAAGCACGCAUGUAUGUCUUUCCAGUUUCAGGGUCUGUGCUUAAUAACGUCUUGGAUUUAAUCUUGCCCGCUUGUUUUUAAAAGUAUAGAAAAAUAAUAAUGAUAUGAACUUUAAAUUACCCGACAAUACAUGAACAACACAAAGCUUUAGUGUUUUUAUGAAUUAACCCCUGUAUUGUGGCAAGGGAACAGGCAAGCUUUCAUUGUCUAGCAUUUUCAUAUGAGCAUAAAUUCCAGCAGAGAGGGGAUGCUGAAGUCAGAAACAGGGAAAGUAGUGAGCUGUUGGUCAACAAUUUUUGAGGAUUUGUAAAACUUUCUAUAUAUUGUAAAAGCUUUAUCUGGCACGUUGGGGGAAUGGCGGGUGCUGGUUGGUCAAAAAUUCCGGUUAACUAUGAGUUAUGCUUACCAAUGGAAGGAGGGAGUUUGGAUGUGGGAGAAUGCUCAGGGGUUGGGGUUGGAGUGCAGAAGAGGUUUCGGGGUGCCAGAUCCAGGUGAUGCUCACCUCAGGUGUUCCCCCGCAAGUGGCAACAUGUCCCUAUGCGGAGGUGCGGCCAGGCGGCUCCGUGCACUGCCUCUACCCACAGGUGCCACCCUCACAGCUCCCACUGGCCAUGGUUCCUGGCCAGUGGGAGCUGCGAAGCCAGCGCAUGGGGUGGGGGCAGCACAUGGAGCCCCCGCAGCCAUUCCUCUGCCUGGGAGCAGCAGGGACAACCAGACCUCUGGCAACCCCAUUGAAGAUUUGUAUUGGGAGAUAUCAGAAAUGCCUAUUUCUAGAGCUUUCCGGUUGAUGAAGCGCCAGAUGACACAGCUUUUACUCUAUUAAGUAUUUGUGUUAACAAAUCUACCCAGUAGGUACUGUAUCUAGGAUAAGAUGGCUGAUCCUUGGCAACAAUGCAUGGAUUAUGCAGUUACUUUAGCAAGAAAGGCUGGAGAGGUAGUCCGGGAAGCACUGAAAGAGGAAAUAUCCAUUAUGGUUAAAAGCUCGCCAGCAGAUCUAGUGACAGUCACUGAUCAGAAAGUGGAAAAAAUGAUUAUUUCUUCUAUAAAAGAAAAAUAUCCUUCUCACAGUUUCAUUGGAGAAGAAUCUGUUGCAGCUGGAGAAGGCAGUACCUUGACAGAUAAUCCCACGUGGAUUAUUGACCCUAUCGAUGGAACUACUAACUUUGUACACAGGUUUCCAUUUGUGGCGGUUUCGAUUGGCUUUGUUGUCAACAAAAAGAUUGAAUUUGGAGUUGUAUACAGUUGUGUGGAAGACAAAAUGUACACUGGCAGGAAAGGAAAAGGUGCAUUUUGCAACGGUCAGAAGCUUCGAGUAUCAGGACAAGAAGAUAUUACAAAAUCACUUUUAGUAACAGAAAUGGGAUCUAACCGUGAACCAGCGACUUUAAAGAUAGUUCUUUCUAACAUGGAAAGGCUUCUCAGUAUUCCUGUUCAUGGGAUUAGAGCUGUUGGUACAGCAGCGGUAAACAUGUGCCUUGUGGCAACUGGUGGAGCCGAUGCAUAUUAUGAGAUGGGCAUUCAUUGCUGGGAUAUGGCAGGAGCUGGAAUUAUCAUUACUGAAGCAGGUGGAGUGCUGCUGGAUGUAUCAGGAGGACCAUUUGAUUUGAUGUCACGAAGAAUAAUUGCUGCAAGUAGUCGAGCCAUAGGAGAGAGAAUAGCCAAAGAGCUUCAGAUAAUCCCCCUACAAAGGGACGAUGCCACAAACUGAAUACCACAACUACACUUAAGUGUGGUAAUACUAAGUUUGUCAACAGUUGUCACAUACUCUGGGAAUUUAGAAAAUAACUUCCUACGUAAGGUCACAUGUUGCACUUAAAUGAAUAGUAAUAUACUUCUACUGAAUAUAACUUAUUACAAAUUGAUUUCUAAAUAGAGUUUUGAAAUCAGACCCAUUUGAAACUGUUAUAGAACUGGUUCUAACAAAGUUUGCAGUUUGUGUAAAUAAAACAUCAGUUUUAUAUUUCCUAUAUAGUAUUGUAGCUGCUUAAAUGAGUUCAAGGAAAAAAGGACACAAUCCCAUAAAAGUAAUAUUUAAAAUUUAUAUAGCACACUGGAAGAGAGCAACUAAUGCUCUAAGUCAUAUGUUACAAAGAGAAAGUUGAUUGCUCCUAGUUCCAAUUUUCUCAUGGUUUCCCCCAGUGUGAUCAAGGUUGAUUGUUGCUUAUGAGAUUUUCAUCUGAAGCCUCUAAAUUCUUACAGUGCUAUCAGUCUGUCUGGAAGUUCUCACUGGUGAAGGAAAUGUAGAAGUAGAUCACAUGAUCCCAGACCUCCCUUUGGAGACAGUCACAUUUAGCUUUAGGCACACUUCGGGACACUUGUAUAUUAUCACUGUGGAAGAGUGAUUCAACAGUGAUUUCAGUUGCUAUCACAGGGAAGGUUUAGAGAAAUAUCUAAAAGACGACACAUUUAUUUUUUAGACUUAUGUGCCCUUUACUUCUAUAGACAUAAUUGACUGCUGUUCCUAAAAAAUAAGAUGUAAUGUGGAAGAAGAAAGCUCUGUACGCACCUCCUGUCAUGCCUUCAGGCAAAAGUCUGAGAAAUGAAGUGGGUUUUAUGCUAAAUAGUUAAAAGCAAGACCAUAAGCUGAAUGGGUCCUUUGGUUUCAGUUGAUGCUGCCACUUGCAUAUUCUCUAUUUGAUGUGUGUGUAGCUCCCAUUAAUUAUUUAGGGGAUUUACUCAUACAUUUCCAGGGGAGAAUCUACUUCAAUGUCUAAAUACAAUUUGAAAUCCAAAAGAUUCUCAUAACUCAUUAACUCACCUCCCAAAAAACCAAGCCUCCCCACCCAUUUUAAUUAAAAUUAAGCCAGUAGUCCAGAUUUUCAUCUUAAUUAUUAUUUGAUAGUUAUGACAGUAAUGACCAGUCAGGAUCAGGGUUCUGUUGUGCUACAUACUGUAUAAGUACAUAUGAGGGCAUAGGUCGAGCCCUAAAAUUUACAGUUAAAGAAAUUACAGUAUUUUAAAUCUUAAUGCUAAUUUUUCAAAGCCUUAGGGUUAGUUGUUCUUUGCAGUCUGAGUUAUUUUUAGAAUUAUGUUGAUAUCAGUGGGUACAUUGAACAGUUACUGUACCUUUUAGAGUAAAAUUUGGUCAGUUUGGGGACCAAUUAAUAACUAGGGCCAAAAAUUUCAGAAGUGUCCUCUAAUUUUGGAUGUCUAAUUGAGACACCCCAAGUUAUGAUCACUUUUGAAAAUAUGUGGUUCUUUUUUAUUUCUUAGUGUGGAAAAAGGUGUGUUGUAUCUUAAAAUACAAGCACCAGCAGGUAUCUUUACAUUUCCUUGGAACUUGUACCAGUUAUGUUUUGCUAGUUUUAUGGAAAUGUUUAAUUAGAAAUGCCAGUGCCAUGCCAACUUUAAACAAUUAGCCCUAGUGAGAAAAAGAAUUGCAUGAUAAUUCAGGGGCUAAGCAGAAGGAACUCAUUAGAGUUUCAUUUCCUGGGGGCCCUGUAGGGAAAAAAAAUAAUCAAAACCUUUUGAACUUCACCACAGCUUCAUUGUUUUUAAAUCUAAGAUAUGAAUGUGAUGUCUUAGCAGGUCUGCCCAACAUAUUAUCUCUCUGGGUUUUUGUGAGGAAUAUGAGUUUGAGUGUGAAAUAUGAACUGUGCAGAAGAUCUGAUGUUAAACUGAUUUGUUUUGUAAAAUGGAAAUGUAUAAACUAGUACUUGAUGUGAGAAAUGUAUGCAAUAAUAAAAGAAAAAAGAUUGUGGUA